UCAAAAAAGGUUAAGAACCACUGGUCUAAACGGUGAAUCGAACAUGAACCGGAAGUGUUCUGGCUGGAUCGCAUUGGCGGAAGUUGAUUCAGAUACUGUUGCUAUAGAAAUCGGCAAGUCCUGCGUUUUCAACUAUCGCGUCGGACGUGUCAAUAAGAAAAACAUCGAUAAACAACAACAACACAUUACUUAAGCAACGACCGAAGCAAUUCAGCUUUGCCAGCAGCAGGGUUCAUCCAGAGUCACCGGAGCUUCUGUCCUCGGAAUGGUGGGCCUGCUGUAAAACCACACAUGGAGGUUUUUAAGAAGGAUCUUGGUGUGUUUCGCUGAAAUGACCUGAGCAGGAGAUGCAAGGAUCGGACUAGGAGAGUGUAAUGAAGGAUCGUCUGGCUGAACUGGCUGCUACUAAAAGUCAAGUAGAAGAGGUUGCCGUCACUGAGGACUGCGGUGAUGGCUUCAUGGAGAGUUAUUUCAGGAGGGUGGAGGAAGUUAGGGGACUCAUUGAUAAAAUCUCCUACCAAGUGGAGGAGGUGAAGAAGCUGCACAGCACCAUCCUGUCUGCGCCCAAUCCAGAUCACAGUACAAAAAGUCAGCUAGAUGGACUGACCAACGAUAUCAAAGGGAAUGCCAAUGUGGUGCGAACUAAAUUAAAAUUCAUGGAGCAAAGUAUGCCAAAAGAGGACGUCAUUAACAGAGCUUCUGUCGACUUCAGGAUCCAGAAAACACAGCACUCUGUGCUGUCAAGGAAGUUUGUGGAAGUCAUGACUCAGUACAAUGAGACUCAAGUGUCCUUUCGGGAACGAAGCAAAGGACGGAUCCAGAGACAACUGGAGAUAACUGGAAGAGUGACCACCAAUGAAGAACUGGAGGAUAUGCUGGAGAGCGGAAAUCCAUCAAUCUUCACAUCCGAUAUCAUUUCGGAUUCCCAAAUCACUCGUCAAGCCUUAAAUGAGAUAGAAUCCCGUCACCAGGACAUCAUGCGUCUGGAGUCCAGCAUCAGGGAACUUCAUGCGAUGUUCAUGGACAUGGCAAUGCUGGUAGAAUGUCAGGGGGAUAUGGUGAACAACAUUGAGAAUAAUGUCUCUAAUGCAGCUGAGUAUAUUUAUCGUGCAAAAGAAGAGACUAAAAAGGCAGUGAGAUACCAGAAGAAAUCGCGUAGGAAAUACAUGAUCCUCUCCUUUGCCCUGUUGAUCCUUUUUGCUGUCAUCGCACUAAUUGUCGGCCUGUCUGUCGGACUAACCAAACGCCCUCAGUGAGGUCUGUUGUCAUCAUUGCAUGAGCAGACAUUUCUCUACCUUGUCUUAUUUGGAGGAUCCUACUUUUACUUUUACUGUUACUCAGAAAGGUUGGAGUCUUAAGACUGAUGGACUUCUUGGUUCACAAGACCACUUCCACCAUAUGAUUACUAUCUUCUAUUUAGUACUAUUACGAGAUUAAUUUUCUUAGCACAGAGAAGCAAGUAUAAUGUAGUGCAGUUUUCACAAGAUUCAGAUUUCUGUUUAACUGCACUCAAAAUACCUUUUCUAGCCUCUCUGCCCUUUGUGAGCUGAAAAUGUUUCAUUUAAUUUUAAAAGACUCAAAUGUUGUAAUCUUAAUGUCUAAUGUUUUAAUGUGAACUUAUUUUGUUGUCCAUCUUCUUUUUAUGUCUUACUGCUGUAUGUUCAUUCAUUUUAAUAGAGUAUGAAGCCAUUAUGACUUGGGUGUACUUUUGAAAUAGAAAAAUACAUAACUUAUUGACCUUAUAUGGUGUGUAAUGACUGAAAUAAUCGUGAAAAAAGUGAUGCAUUAAUGCAGAACUCUUGGAAUUAUUUCAGGAGCACCCAUUUGAAUUGUUUUGUAUUUUGUACUGAAACUAAAUAAUGGAAUCAUUUUAUUAAAAUAUUAAGAAUAUAA